AUGCAGGAAAUGCAGCAGAUCAAGCAGGACAUGCAGCAGGGGAUGCAGCAGGAGCUGGUGCCCCCCGAGCACCUGAACGGGGUGAAGCUGGAGCUGGACGGGCGCCUGAACCGGGACUUCCACCCGGAGCUGUUCCUGGGCAGGGCCCGGCAGGGAUUCGAGCGCGGAGAGCGCGACGGCAACCGGCGGCGUCUGGGACACAUCUUCAACAGGUUGUUUGUAUCUCCCUGGUACCAGGAUGGGGAUAAGAGGCUGACCCUGUCAGAAUUCAUCUCCUUGCCCGUGGGCACGGUGGAGAACCAGCAGGCUCAGGACAUCGAUGAUGACUGGGUGAGGGACAGGAGGAGGGAAUUCCAGGAGGUCAUCGAUGCCAACCACGAUGGAAUCGUCACCAUGGAGGAGCUGGAGGUGAAUCCCCACCCCUAA